UCAGAGUUAUCGAAAGAAAGCAAUCAUAGUUCCCCUUUUAAAGAGAGAAAUUUGAUGGAUUAGUUAGUCAACUAAACUUCUCUUUUUUGUAGUACUUUUGUUAUGGUAGAAUUAGCAAAGUCUAGUCCACAUUUAGCGUUUAAGAUCGAACUGCUGCAAGGAGACAGGCGUACACCGGAGGAGAGGGACGAGUUGGGCGCUCCCGCACCCGCCACAGCCACCAGGAAGCGCCGCCAUGUCUACUAACGUUCCAUCCGACGGGUGGCUUGUCUACGACGAAAGCAACAACAGCUACGACCUGAACACGAGGAUCCUGAAGACGGCCGUCAUCUGCUUAGCUGCCGCCCUAGUCGUCAUGGUCUUCCUCCACCUCUACGUCCGCCACUUCCUCCUAAAUCGGCGCCGGUCCGGUGGCCUCACCACCAGCCACUCCCUCCGCUUCUACGUGAAUAACCCCGCUAACGACGAGCCCGGCAACGAGGGGCUCGAUUCCACUGCCAUCUCCGCCCUCCCGACGCAUCCUUAUCGAAUGGCGGGCGAGCGUGGCGGCUGCCAAGACGAAGGGCGACGGGCGGAGUGCGCCAUUUGCCUGAGCGCAGUGGAGGAAGGGGAGACGGUGAGAGCGCUGCCCAGCUGCAAGCACCUGUUCCAUGUCGGCUGCGUCGACAUGUGGCUGGGCUCCCACUCCACAUGCCCAGUGUGUCGGACGGCCGUGGAUCAUCCACCGAACACCACAGUCGAUGUCGACGAGGCAUCCACCGUGCCACCUGCAAGAGAUACGCAGGACCCGUCGGGGGCAGCUCCGGCGUCUCAGGAAAGCACACCGUCGGGACGGAAGGACUCGGUCUCGGCAUCCUCGCGACUGAGUUCGUCGUUUAGGAUGAUGUUGAGCUGGGAAAGGUCAACAGCGAGGAGGGCUCAAGGGGAAGGGUUGGAAGACAUGGAGAGACAGUGAAAACCUCAUAUGUUACUUGUUUCACAUGCACAAUGCAUUUACUCCAUACUUGUUGGAUUACAUUUCUCUCUUUCUUUA